GCUCGAUUGAGCAGUCACUACUCUCGCCACAUUGCUGAUGAAAAUAUAUUAUCUCAUCGACCUGAAGAUGUUGAGCUCGAGGACUGGAAAUACCUAGUAGAGUAUUUUGGAAGUUCUGAAUUUAAGCCUGUAAACGAGAGAAAUAGAAAGAACAGGGAAAAGCAGAUAACUAAGCAUACUUGUGGUACAAGGCCUUUUGCAGAAGUAGAGGAAUCGACGGUGAAAAUAUAUUUAUUAGAGAGGAAGAGGCUAGUGUGUCUUCUGCUAUGGCAACUGUGCGUCAAGAAAUGCAAGCUGAGGUGAAUCGAAAGUUGCAAGAAGAACGUGAACAAAUGGCUGCCGAAUUAAAAAGUAACAUGGAACAAGAGUUGCAAAGGAAGUUGGAAGAGCAACUUGAGCACGUGAAUGCGAAAGUAGACAACCGGAUCAGUGUAGAAGUAGCCAAAAGGAUUCAAGAACAACUGGCUGCUAUCAUGACUGGAAUGCAACAGAUUCAGGCGUUGUUGAUCCUGCCAGUGCGAGUUGAGAGCUCUCGGCGGACAUUCGGAGUUCACGAGGUAGCUGUUUGACGUCCGCAGACCCGUGUUUCUCCCUCUUUAUCUUUUCUAUCUCUUGUUAGACAUUUUUAAUAUUUUGUAGACUCUUCAGACUUGUGUUAGGUUAUAUAGAUGCUCAUGACUAGUGACACCCCGGUA